UCAGUCAGAUAUUCAAUUUCAAACAGAAAACCAAACAAAAAAAAUAUUAUAAAAAAAAACCAAUAAAAAAUUGCAAAAUGGAUUCAGCGGAGAGAGAAAAGCACUUGAUAAAAAUGCUAAUGCCUAAGCACAGGGAGCUGAUAACCACCAGCAGAGCGGACUAUGUGGACCAUACCGGAAAAGCUGUUUACACCCCCCCUUUCAAGAUGAAACAAGAAGAUCCCUCCCUGAUAAGUGGCCACUGUUUCGGGAACUUAAAGGUUUCUGGUCUGCAGGAUAUAACGAAGACGUGGCCCACUGCAAUGGACUGGCGCGAGGACUACGCCCAAUUCGUGAAGCGUAAUAAGUGGUGCAACGAGGAGAUCUACAAACUGUUUUUCGUGUCUCCGCCAGUGGAUUUUGACCUUCUCAAGAAUUAUGUUAAGGACUUGCACAAGUCGGUUUAUAUGUACGACUACUCGCGCAAUAACUUUUCAUCUUUUGCAAGCCGGCGGUCUGAAAAAGUUCUAAAAUACGAGGGUGGGGAUUAUUUGACCAACUAUGGCUGCUACUACAAUAGAGUGCAGGAAACGGAACCAUUCAAGAGCUGGUUGUAUCGUGAACGUGUCUUAAAGGACCUGACGCUGGACAGAAUCGCCGUCGAGCUGCGCAAAUUGUUUACCAAGUACAAUGUGACCACCUACUUCGACACCAUCUGCGUACCAGCUUUGAUGAAGGCCAAGAGCGGCAUAAUGCCUGUGUCGCCUAUUGAUCGGUAUCAGUUCCGCAAAUACUAGCUACUGGUUUGUACUCACACGUCUUCCCAUUCGUGGAACAGAGGUAGCACUCGAUUGGACUGCGCCACCGGCACAAAAAUCAUGGCGUAUUUCAGGUAUACGUUGGAGUCCUAAAAAAGAAAAUGUAAUUAAACGCAAGCCUUAAAAUAUAUUCAAACCCUAAAAAAUAUUCAAAUGAAA